CUCACCGUUGAAGGAUCCAAAACAACGACGCUUCCAUCUGUAUCCAGGAGACGGAGAUUCUUCUCUUUUCUGCCACCCUCUCUCCUCCUCCUCUUCCUCUCUGGAUGUGGGGGGGGGGAAAGGGAGGACUUAUGAGUUUAGACAUCGCUGCUGUUUGGACAGUCGGGAAAUUGGAUACAAUUGCCAGCCCAACAUGACGGGAAUGCGCCAAGCUGUUCCGCUCCCUCCAAUGAGAGUCACCCAAUGGUCAAACGCCACAGAAAACCAAACGCACCCUGCAGGGCAAAGUUCUGACAAGUUCAUGAGUGAGCCUCACCGAAUCCACACGUCAUCGUGGGUCGCGGCAGCCUUUUGGAUUGUGAGUUUGUGUGUCCUGCUCUCCUUCGGCGUGUGCGCCUGGAAAAAAUGUCUGAGAAAGGACAGGGACAAGAAAAAAGGAAAAGAGAAGAGCAAGGCUGGAGAUUUUGACACGGAAAAUGAUGGUCGUUCCAAAGAGCCACUAAAAGUUGAAAUCAAGAAAGAAACAGAGUUGUCAGACAUCCAGCCAAAGGAGGAUGAAAAGUUGGGCAGACUGCAUUUUACACUGGACUACAACUUCACUGAUAACAUGCUUGUGGUGGGCAUUUUGCAGGCCGCCGGGCUUCCUGCCAUGGAUGUGGGUGGUAGCUCAGACCCGUAUGUUAAAGUCUAUCUACUCCCAGACAAAAAGAAAAAAUUUGAAACCAAAGUUCACAGAAAGACUCUGGAACCCAACUUCAACGAGACGUUCACGUUUAAGGUAGCGUACACGGAGCUGGGCGGCAAGACGCUGGUGAUGACGCUUUACGACUUUGAUCGCUUCUCCAAGCACGAUGCCAUCGGGGUGGUGAAGAUCCCGAUGAGCAGCUUGGACUUCAGCCAGUCGCUGCAGGAGUGGCGGGAUCUGCAGAAGGCGGAAAAAGAGGAGAGUGAGCGGCUCGGAGAUAUUUGUUUGUCGUUGAGGUAUGUUCCGACAGCAGGGAAAUUGACUGUUGUGAUUCUGGAGGCCAAAAACCUGAAGAAAAUGGAUGUGGGUGGAUUAUCAGACCCUUACGUGAAGCUCCACUUGAUGCUGAAUGGGAAAAGACUCAAGAAAAAGAAAACCACCAUCAAGAAGAACACUUUGAACCCUUACUAUAAUGAGUCAUUCAGCUUUGAAGUGUCGUGUGAACAGAUAGAGGUACAUACAGGCACACGACUGUAUUAUUUUCCAUUGCAUGAGGCGCAAUAUGGUCAGCCUCUUUCGUCAUCUCUGAGCCAAAUAUUGAGAGACAACUCUUGCAUUGCAUUUCUACACCCAUAA